AUGGCUUCUGUUGUUACAAAUUUAUGGGUGUCACCUUAUUUUGCUUUAAAUAAUGAGUGUAAGUCUCAGUCACGAGUUCAAGUCCAAGCUAGGAGUUUAGGUAGGGGGGAUUCAGCUGUGUUGUCUUCAGAUUCUGUGGAAGUUAAUGGUAGUUCUUCUGUUGGGGAGAAGAUAAAAAUUGAGUCUCUAGCUGAAGUGGGUGACAGGCGGUUGGGUUCUGCUGCUGAGCAGAAGAUGAUUGGGGAGGAUGUUGCUUUAGAAAAAUUGGAGGUGUUAUGGGAUGAUGGGUAUGGGACUCAGACUGUUAAGGAUUACCUUGAUUUAGCAAAGGAGAUGAUUAAGCCUGAUGGUGGGCCGGCCCGUUGGUUUUGCCCAAUCUCCUGUGGGUGCCCUUUAAAAGGUUCACCUGUUCUUCUGUUUUUGCCCGGGCUUGGUGGUCAUGGAUUGGGCCUCAUGUUGCACCACAAAGCUCUUGGAAAGUGA